AUGAAGAAAGCACAAGACCAGACAGAGAAGAGCGAAGGGAGCAGGACAAAAACAGGGCUCUCAAGAAAAGCUAAAGAGGCGGAAUCAUCUGGAGCGACCACAGCUACUGCUUCAAAUGGAGCCACCACCGACACGUCCACAUGCACGUGGGACUCAGGGAUGUCCAUGGCAACGACGAGCAACAGGACGGACACCAGUGGUACGCAGGCCAGCACCGCACAACAAUUCGUUACAUCCAGGAGUGAAACGGUGGUCGAAAAAGUAGGUCAAAGGACCGAAGAAGCGGCAUCGUCAAGGACAGUAAUCGGGCACACUAGUGACAAGGGAUCACAGAAAGGUAGUUGGUCAUCGCGAUCGGCGAGGCUGAAAGCCGAAUUAGAGGCGCGGAUUAAAUUCGAACGCGCAGAGCUCGAACGAGCACAGGCAGCUGCUGCCUUAGCCAAGUCUCAAUUGGAGUUGGAACGACUCAACCGAGGAGAGGAGAUCGACUCGAGUGAGGAUGAUGAAGAGCGGAAUACUCAGGUGGAUCCUUUCGUAAGGAGUUGGGUUCAACAGACCAUAAUGAGCGCGCCGGUUAGUGUGACGCAACCCGAUAUUACUGAUAAGGAAGCGUGUAAAGGAUCACGCCGCAAAGGGGCGGAGAUCGAGCGCAACCAAGGAAAUGCACAGAAAACACACGCGAGGGUGCAGAAUGUCGCACGCCUUAGGAGGGCAUUAAAGGGCACCGCUAAGGAUGCGGUUAAGUCGCUGUUAUUUACUUUGUGUGAACCUGAAGAAAUAAUGAACGCUCUCGAAAGAAGAUUCGGUAGGGUUGAGAUGCUCAUUCUAGCCGAAAUCGAGAAUAUAAAACGUAUGCCAAGAUUGGCGGAAGAUUGCCGGAAUAUAGGAUCUUUUGCAAGUCGUAUUACGAACGUGGUUGCCACAAUACAAGCGUUGAAUCAACCACAGUAUCUAUACUCACCGGAGUUAGUGAGCCGCAUAGUGGAGAAACUUGGAACUAUGAUUAAACUUAAAUGGUUCGAAUAUCGAGCUCAGCAUCCUUUGGAGCCAGAGUUACAGAAGAUGGCCAAGUUUUUAAAUUUAUUGAGUGAACAAUUUGGAACAUCCUUAAGCUAUGAAAAUGCGCCUGAAAAACGGAAGCGUCCUGAAUUCAGGAAGCAAACUGUACACACUGCAAAGGGGUGUGAACGCAACCGUGCUAAGAGCGAGCGCUAUGAGCGCCGAAGUAAUACGAGCGAGCGUCUAGAACGCCGAAAUAAUAAAGGGCACAACCGACAAGUAGUUAUAAUAACCCAGGACAAGCCUGUAAGUUGGGUAACACCUAAGUGUGUUAUAUGCAACAAGGAGCACUCUAUAGUGAGUUGUUACAAGUUUAAGGACAUGAAUAUUCGCGAGAAAUGGGACGCGGUCAAAAGAGCGAAAGUAUGUUUCCAAUGUUUGUCACCUAACCAUAGGAGGUUAGAGUGCAGAGGGAAAAAAUGUGGUGUAGAGGGAUGUAGAAUGUCACAUCAUCGAAUGCUACACCGAUACCCCAAUGAAAAUACCUUUCCGCAAAGGGACGAGGGGGGAAAGGUCAAGAUCACAGCUCUUCUGGAUGAAGGAUCGACCAUGACACUCAUAGAGGAGUGGAUGGCUCAGAAGUUAGCGCCUCGCGGACGUAAAGAAGAAUUACGUAUUGAAGCCGUGGGAGGUAAGCGAAUUAACGACGACAGUUCGUAUUGCUUAAACGUGAAAAUAAAAGGCAUUUACUCUAACGACUUAGAGGAGAUAAGUGUACAAGCAAUUAAGUCACUUAACCUUUCUCCGCAGUCAGUAAGUCGAGAAUUAUUGCAACGGUGUUCUCAUUUGACACCGAUUAAGGACGAGUUGAUGUAUGAGAGGUCCAGACCUACCAUAUUAAUUGGGCAGGACAAUUGGCAUCUCAUAGUUACUCGUGAAUUAAUUUCAGGAGGUAAGAACCUACCUGUAGCAUCGCUCACCAAACUUGGAUGGGUUUUACAUGGUCACAUAUCGGGUAGCAUCAAACCAAUCAAGAUUGUUAACCAAAUUUCCACCAAGAAGGAGGAAGACAUGGAUAAGUUGAUCAAGGAUUAUUUUAGUUUGGAAUCUCUGGGAGUGUCUGCGAGAAAGCCCGCGAACGACCCAGAAGAACGAGCUUUAAAUAUUUUCAGCAAAAUGGUACGUCGUAUACCUAAUAAUAGGUACGAGACUGCUUUAUUAUGGCGCACAGACAAUGAGUGCAUGCCGUCGAAUAGAGCGCAGGUUGAAAGUCGCCUGUUUAACAUCGAAAAGAAGCUCAACAAAAAUAGCGAGUUGAAAAAGGAAUACGAGAAGCAAAUUGAAAAUCUCAUCGUUAACGGUUACGCAGAGAAAGCGAACCAUAUUUCCAUUUCCCCACACACGUGGUAUCUUCCCCACUUCACAGUGACUCACCCACAAAAAAAGAAAAUAAGAAUAGUUUUCGACGCCGCCUCUAGGACGGGCGGACGUUGUCUCAAUAAUUGUUACACAUUGUUAACCGGACCGGACUUAUUGAAGUCAUUGUUUGGAGUUCUGCUACGAUUCAGAGAAGGAAGCGUGGCAGUGAUGGCAGACAUUAAAGAAAUGUUCCUGCAAGUGAAAAUCCGGGAAGAAGACAGGGAUAGCCUUCGAUUCUUAUGGCGGCACAAUCGUGACGCGCCACCGGAAGAGUAUAGAAUGACGUCACUUAUAUUUGGAGCGGCAUCAUCACCAUGCAUCGCUAUAUAUGUAAAGAAUAGAAAUGCGCAGGAUAACGCACAUAUCUAUUCAGAAGCAGCUUCCGCUACGGAAAGCAAUUUUUAUAUGGAUGACUGUCUACAGGCAUUUCCCGACGUGACGACGGCCGAAAGGAUAGUAAACGAUAUGUAUGAAUUACAUAAACAUGCUUCUUUCCAACUGAGGGGAUGGGCUAGCAACCGACCCGAAGUUUUAUGUAAAAUGGAAAAUAAAUAUAAGAGCGACAGUGCUUCGCUGGGAGAUAAGGAGCACACAGAACGCACUUUAAGUUUUAUUUGGAAUAUCAAACGGGAUAUAAUAAGUUUCUCCAUAAGUCUUCGUAACACACCGGAAGAGGUGAUGGAAGGUUUACGACCGCCUACGAAGAGAGAGAUAACUAGCGCUGUGAUGUCAGUUUUCGAUCAUUUAGGACUCGCAUCACCUAUAACGAUUCAAGGGAAGUCGCUGAUCCAGCAAGUAUGGAGGACAAGCAUCUCUUGGGAUGAAGAAGUUUCACACGAAUUACACGUGUUAUUUUGUAAAUGGAUAUCGGAAGUGAAGAAAUUAGGUCAUUUAGAAGUAUCUAGACCCGUUGCUGAAGGCGUCGGCAAGGGAGAAUUACACACCUUCACGGAUGCUAGUGAAAAAGCAUACGCUGCCGCGGUGUAUUACGUCACCACGGACGAGCUAGGAGAGAGGCGGAUUACGCUGAUCGCCGCAAAGGCAAGAGUAGCGCCGCUGAAACCAAUUUCGAUUCCAUGGCUUGAAUUGCAAGCAGCUCUUAUGGGCAGUAGAGUGGCUGCAUCAGUUAGUGAAGAGAGCAAAUCCUCGCGCUUUUAA